CUGAGGCUGAAGUGAGGAAGGCUCACAGGUGGCAGAGGGAGAGGCUUGGUGACGUUCAGUCCUUUAGACAAACGAGAGAAGGAAAGAGAGUAGAGGAGGAGAAAGUUAAAGAAAGGCCAUGACCACCAGACUCCUGUGGAGGGCCCUGUGCCUGCUUGCCCCACUCUGUACCAUGUCACCCUUCAGCUCUGCCGACAACCCAGACCCCUCAGCCCCAGAGCAGGGAGUCACCUUCAGCCAUGUCUAUAAAAUCGACAUCCCAGGGAGCUCCAGUUGUAAACUUGAGCACCAGCCAACACAGGACGAAACAGGCCUGCAGAAGGAGACCACAACAAAUGGAAAGAAUGACAUCAUCUUCAGACACAACAUCAGGCUGCAAACACCAAAGUGUGACUGUGAGGAGUCGGAAAGCUUCAAGUCACUCUUGUACAGAGUCAACGGGCUGGAGGAAGAAGUCAACUACCUAAAGACCCAGUGUACUCAGGGAUGUUGUGGAAAAGAUGGUGCUGCAGGAGUGGACACAAGCUGUAGUGGCCAUGGUACCUACCAACAUGACACUUGCAGCUGCCUCUGUAACCCGGGAUGGGAAGGACCAGGUUGCUCAGUGUCCUCCUGCCCUGACGAGUGCAAUGACAACGGCCGAUGUGUGGAUGGCAAGUGUGUGUGCCACCAGGGUUUCACAGGAGAAGACUGCAGCCAGCUGAUGUGUCCAGACAACUGCAACGACAAGGGACACUGUGUUGAUGGAAAAUGCGUGUGUUUCCCACACUUCACCGGUGAGGACUGCAGCGUCCAGAAGUGUCCUGACGACUGCAUCGGGAACGGCCAGUGUGUGGAUGGCCAGUGCGUCUGUGAGGAAGGCUUUUAUGGGGAAGACUGCUCAUUAGUCCUCGGCCCUCAGGAUCUGCGGUUGGUCCGGAUGACCGACGUCUCUCUCCAGGUUGAGUGGGAGUCAGUUCGUGGGGCAGAGUAUUACAUUUUGACAUAUCAUCCCAAAGACGAUGAGAGUGCCCUAGAGCAAGUUCAGGUUCCCAACACAGAGAACUCCUACCUCAUCACAGGACUGUCUCCUGGGGUCACCUACAUUGUCCAGGUGUAUGCCGUCAUCAAAGAAAUCCAAAGUGAAGCAGACAAGAUUGAAGCUACCACAGAUGUCUCAGCUAUUGAUGACAUCCGAGUUCUUGGCCAGACAGAAGUCUCUAUCCAGGUGGAUUGGAAGAACCCACCAGCUAAGGUGGACCACUUCAGGCUCACACACACUGACCCGGCAGGACAGGAGGAGGAGCUGAACGUACAGAUGAGCCAAGAGGCGCGCACCAAACACACUAUUGUGGGCCUUUUUCCAGGAACAGAGUACCAGAUCUCAGUGCAGGCCAUCAAAGGAACUACUGAGGGAAAAUCUUCCUCGGUUACUGGUGCCACAGACAUCGAUGCUCCUACUAACCUGGUCACAACUGAAGUAACCGAAGACACUGCAACAGUUUCAUGGGAUCGAGUCCAGGCAGAAAUAGAAGGCUACAUGUUGACCUACACCUCUGGUGAGGCCUCCAGUGCAGAGAUCCCUGUAGGCCGUGACAGCACCUCAUACAGGCUGAUUGGCUUGAGGCCUGGAGUUCUCCACACUGUCUACAUCUGGGCCUUCAAGGGAGACAAAGUCAGCAGGAAGAGUUCAACAGAAGCUGAAACAGAGCUGGACGCUCCUGCUAACGUCUUGGCCCAAGAUGAAACAGAGUCCAGCUUCAGGGUGUCCUGGGAUCACACCCAGGCAGAAAUUGAUGGCUACGUCCUAACUUACAGCUCCUCUGAGGGUUCAAGUGAAGAAAUCCCAAUUGGGUCUGACAGUUCUUCAUACAUGCUGUCCAGCCUGAGGCCAGGUGUCCUCUACACGGUGUACAUCUGGGCCAUCAAGGGGGGCAAAGUCAGCAGGAAGAUCUCAACACAAGCUGAGACAGAACUGGAUGCUCCUGCUAACCUCUCAGCUCGAGAUGAAACAGAGUCCAGCUUCAGCGUGUCAUGGGAUCCAGCCCAGUCCGAAAUAGAUGGCUACAUCUUAACCUACAGUUCUUCAGAGGGCUCUAGUGGCGAGAUUCCAGUGGGGCCUGACAGCACCUCUUACAUGCUGACUAGUUUAAGGCCUGGCGUCUUCUACACUGUCUACAUCUGGGCCAUCAAAGGAAACAAAGCCAGCAAGAAGAUCUCGACACAAGCUGAGACAGAACUGGAUGCUCCUGCUAACCUCUUAGCCCGAGAUGAAACAGAGUCCAGCUUCAGCGUGUCAUGGGAUCCAGUCCUGGCAGACAUUGAUAGCUACGUCCUUACCUACAGCUCCUCCGAGGGCUCUAGUGAGGAAAUCCCAGUCGGGUCUGACAGCACCUCUUACAGGCUGACUGGCCUGAGGCCUGGGGUCUUCUACACUGCCUACAUCUGGGCCAUCAAGGGGAGGAAAGCCAGCAGGAAGAUUUCAACAAAAGCUGAGACAGACAUUGAUGCCCCUAAGGACCUGAAGGCAGCAGAUGUGACGCUGGACUCUGCUGUUUUGACUUGGAUUCCUCCUUUCGCUGACAUUGAGGGGUACAUCCUCACCUACAGAGAUGAGGAUGGCCACAUGGAGACGGUUGAAAAGCAGCUUGCAGCUAGAGAGAGCAGUUUUACCGUAUCCAGUUUGGAGAUGGGGAAGCGAUACAUUGUCACCAUCAUUGCCUAUAGGGGCAACAAGCGGAGCAAUGUGGAAGAGACCAUCUUCAAAACAGUUGGUCUCGUGUACCCAUUCCCCAUGGACUGCGUUCAGAUCAUGAAGAAUGGCAAUAAGAGGAGCGGUAUCUACACCAUCUAUAUAAACAAUGACCGCUCCACACCAAUUGAGGUUUAUUGCGACAUGGACACUGAUGGAGGCGGCUGGCUGGUGCUCCAGCGACGUACUACUGGCAAGCUGGACUUUAUGAAACGCUGGAAGCAGUACAUAGCAGGUUUUGGCAACAUGACAGACGAGUUCUGGAUUGGUCUGGAUAAGAUAUAUGAGCUCACCAACACUCCUGCUCCUACUGAGCUGAGGUUUGACUUGGGUGUGGGCUCAGAGAGAGCCUAUGCUGUAUAUGACAACUUUAAGAUUGCACCGGUCAAGCAAAAGUUCAAACUCACUAUUGGCAAAUACAGUGGGACAGCAGGCGAUGCCAUGACCUACCACCAAGGCCGACCCUGGACUACUGUUGACUCAGAUAACGACAUCGCACUGGGUAACUGUGCCCUGACCCACCGUGGUGCCUGGUGGUACAAAAACUGUCACCUGGCCAACCUCAACGGAAAAUGGGGAGACAACAGGCACAGUUUGGGAGUAAACUGGGAACCGUGGAAGGGCCACCUGAUGUCCCUGGACUUCACUGAGAUGAAGAUCCGCCCUCUGGGAGCCUUGUCCAGCAGGAAGAGGCGAUCGUUGAUGGCCAGAGAGAAGAACAGAACCACAAACCUCCAAAAGAAAUAAGAGGGCACCUUCCACUUAUACCACAACAACCCAUUGACCUGCCAACAUUCUAGAUUUGGGUACAGACAUGUAUGUCUUGGUCUUUUGACCACACAAGAAUUCCCUACUGAUCUAGUUACCAGUAUUAACGCUGACAGUAUUUAGACUUGUGGGGCAAAAAGACGAAUGCUCAUAUGUAAUAGUAAAUUAUUAUCUGUUUGUAUACAAUGACAUUCAUCAGAAAUUCAGUGUGAUUGUUGGAAAGCGGUGAAUAGGAAACUGCCCUGGAGUUGUUUUGAAGUGAAGUUGUACUUAAACGAAUUUAGUCUAUCAGUUAUAAAGCAAUUGUUAUUCUAAAUAAUACUGUUUCACUGAUUCUGGUAGUAAUUUCGAUUAUAAAGUUGGGAACCAAGAAAUCAAUUUUUUCUCCUAUUAAUUCAUUAAUUUUAACUUUUUCUUUUUAAGCCUUAGAGCUGCAGCUGAGGUUAUUUGUAUUAUAUUUGUAUAUUAACAACAUAAAUGUAAAGUUGUUAUAAUGGCCCGUGUGUUUUGUUUUAAGGUCAGUUGUGGACGAUUAGCGAGUUAGCGCCCUGAGUUUAUUGAUUAUGAAGCUGGCUGGCUGUGUCACAUUAAGCUGCCAGUGUGCCGCAAACACUGUCACAUCACAUUAGUUCGUGUAGGACAAUCCAGGGAAAAACAAUAGAUGGCUGUUUUGAAUGACCAUAUUGCUCCUGCUUUACAUUCAUACUGUAGAGACAGCGCAUAUCAAUCACUGUGAUGUGCCCGUAUCAUAAUGCCAAUAAGAAUGAAGUUUGUUUGCCCCAUCCUCAGGAACGUAAUGACCAAACUCUUGUUUUCAAUCUGGAAAGCUGACAAAGGUUAUUAAUACUGCAUUGAGUUUAUUACACAAUUAAAUUUUUUUUUUUCACUUUUAUUACUCUCGGUUUAUGUGACACGGACAGAGAACAUCAAUCAACCUUUCUGCUAAUCUGCCAGAAUUGAUUUGUUGUCUCCGCUCCUCAUAAAUAAAUUUCUUUUGAAGCGUUCAUGGCCCAUAAAGGUUUUACUCCAAUCAGUUUCUUAAUCACGAUGUUCAAGGUCCGAAAAAUCCUGUAUGUGACUCUUUUUUAUUUAGUAAUUGUGUUGUCAAACUUAAAUGGCUGCUCAUUCGUAUCCAUGCAAUACAUUCACACAAUAAAUAAAUAAAG